UCGUACAUGGUUUAGAGCGAUCAGGAUUGUUAAACCACCAUCAAAUUAUAUCAUUCGUCCUCCUUCACCGUCUCCCCUCGCCGUCUCUAUCACCGACGUUGAACGUCUCUUUAACCACCAUCACCAUCUUCGUUUGCUCUUUUCGUUUGAAGUCCUCUUCCGUCAUCUUGCUAGUGACUCGUAGAUUUUGAAAUACGAACAGUUGAAGACUCUAGGUCCAUCAAAUAAAUCAAGGCGAUGUUUUUGAGCUUGAUGUGUUUUGGUCAUGUCACAGUAAUGGACGAAGGACGCCAAAAGGACUUGCAGUUGUUGGAGGAGAUUAUUGAUAAAGGUUUGAAACAGAAGCUUGUACAUGCAACUGCUUCACGGGACAAGAUCUUUGAAGAACAAAAAGUACUCUCUGACUUGCGGAAAAACCUAGAAACUCUGGAGAAUAAUGAUGUGAAUAGUCUCAAAACAAUGGUCAAUCUCGGUUCAGAAGUUUAUAUGCAAGCUGAAGUGCCAGAUACUCGGCACAUAUUCAUGGAUAUAGGGCUCGGCUUUUAUGUGGAAUUCACCCGGCAAGAAGCUCUUGACCAUAUUUCACAAAGGGAGGAAAGAAUUAAAAAGCAACUAGAAGAGUUUACUGGUGUUAUUACGCAGAUCAAAGGUCGCAUCAAACUGGCUCAUUACCAGAUUCAGCAAAUACUCAAUCUUCCUGAAGAGAAUAAUACAUCAUCCCGGCAACGUGCGUUUUAGUACUACCUCAGCUUAUACAGUGCUUGUGCUUGUUGUCAUUGAGUUUUAUUUAAAGCUUUAUCCGUGGAAAAAGAGAAUUUUAGCGUAAGUGUAAUACUACUGACACUUUACUCUCCAAUGGAUCAAGCAAUGAACUGAACCAUAUUAUUCGAGAUUUUCAGAUGUAGACUAUAUUAUUGUAUUAAACAAGAUCAUUAAUGCAA